AUGAUGAAAAGUUCAAUUGUAUCUAGUACACUACCGCGAUCUAUUGCUAUCGGUGAUUUUAACAAUGAUCAUCAAAUGGAUAUUGUUGUAGCAAAUUCUGGUACAAAUACUAUUGGAAUAUUUCUUUCACAAGACAAUGAAACCUUUACUACUCAACAAAUAUAUUCAACUGGAUUCGACUCUCGUCCUUAUUCACUUGCUGUCAGUGAUUUCAAUAAAGACAAUUAUUUAGAUAUUGCUGUCGCUAAUUAUGGUGCCAAUAAUAUUGGGAUAUUCUUAGGAAAUCAAAAUGGAACAUUUGCUAAUCAAAAAGUGUUUUCACUUAAUUCUUCUCGUCCAUUUUUUAUUACUACUGGAGAUUUCAAUAAUGAUAAUCAAACGGAUAUUGUUGUAGCUAACCAUGGUACUAAUACUGUUGGUGUUCUUAUUGGAAAUGGUAACGGAUCUUUUCAAGAUCAAAUAACUUAUUCUACUGGUUAUGAUUCUCUUCCAUAUGGAUUAACGGUUGGUGAUUUUAACAAAGAUAAUCAACUAGACAUUGCUGUGGUUAAUUAUGGUACUAAUAAUAUUGGUAUUUUUCUUGGUUAUAGCAAUGGAACAUUUGCAAAUCAAAAAACCUAUACAACUACUCUCAAUUCGAAACCGUCAUCUAUUACUGUUGGAGAUUUAAAUAAUGAUAAUCAUCUUGAUAUUCUAGUUACGAAUUCUGCUAAUGGCACGAUUGGUAUUUUUCUUGGUUAUGAGAAUGGUACGUUUGCGAUACAAAAUAUAUUCUCGAUAAGCUCCAAAUGUCGUCCACAUUAUAUUAGUGUUGGUUAUUUUGAUGAGGACAAUCAACUAGAUGUUGCUGUUGUUGAUUCAGAAAACGAUCAAGUACAUAUUCUUCUACAAUAUGAUAAUAGAACAUUUGCUACAACAACUACAUAUGAUGGAAUAAAUGGAUCUCAUCCAUUGUUUAUUGCUGUGGCAGACUUUAAUGAUGACAAUCAAUCAGAUAUUGUUAUAGUCAAUUAUGGUACUAAUAAUAUACUUGUACUUAGUCAAUAUUUUAUAAAACCAUCAACAAGACAAACAAAUUAUAUUAUUGGAAAAGACUCCCGUCCAUCGUCAGUCGUUAUUUAUGACUUUAAUAAUGAUGAUCGAUUAGAUUUAUUGGUUAAUAGUUUUGACAAUGAUAACUUACUUUUACUAACUGGUAAUGAUGAUGCAACUUUUAACCAAGCAACAAUAUAUUCGAGUGGAAAUAAAUCAGCUCCAAAAGGCUUAUGUAUUGGUGACUUUAACAACGACAAUCGAAUGGAUAUUGUUACGGCUAAUUAUGGUUCUGAUAGUGUAGGUAUUCUUCUUGCACAAGACAAUGGAACUUUUUCUAAUGUCAUAAUUUACUUUGUGGGUCAUGAUUCUAAACCGUGGUCAGUCGCUGUUGGAGAUUUCAAUAAUGACGGCCGAUUAGAUGUUGUCACUGCGAAUUCUGGAUCUGGAGGUUUGGGUAUUUUUCUUGGACAUGGUGAUGGGACACUUGAUAACGUGACGACAUACUCUACUGAUAUUAUUGUUGAGCCGUUAUCAGUUGCUGUUGGUGAUGUCAACAAUGAUAACCGGUUGGAUCUUGUUAUCACUGGUUACAUCUCUAACAAUGUGGGUGUCCUUAUUGGUCAUGGUGAUGGAAUUUUUCUUGACACAACGAUCUAUUCUGUUGGUAUUUUUUCUGGUCCAGCUGUUGUUUGUCUUGUAGAUUUGAAUAAUGAUGAUUACCUGGAUAUUAUUGUCUCCACUAUAGACGGAGGUUUUGUAGGUAUUCUCCUUGGAUACGGAAGUGGAGCCUUUCAAGAAAUCACAAUAUAUUCGACUAGCCCUACUUCAUCCCUUUACUAUGUGACUGUUACUGAUUUUAACAACGAUCAUCAGCAAGAUUUGGUUGUGACCGAUACUAUCAAUGACGAAGUAAUCAUCUUUUAUGGAUACGGUAACGGCAGUUUCCAACUUGCAAGAAGAUAUUCUACUGGUUAUGGUUCGAAGCCGUAUGCCAUCACAACCGCCAAGUUAAACAAUAACAUACAAAAAAAUAUUGUUGUUACUCUCUGGGGCACUGGAAAUAUUGGUGUGUUAACUGAAUAUGCUGCAGCAGAUUUCGCAAAUCAAAAAACAUAUUUAACUGGUUCGGCUCCACAACCGUAUUCUGUAACUACCGGUAAUUUCAAUGAUGACAGUUACGUAGACAUAGCUGUCGUCAAUUCAGGAAGUAAUAAUUUAGAUAUAUUUUUUAAUUCUGGUAAUGGUACAUUUCUAACGCAAAUAACGUAUCCUACUGGUGCUGAUUCAUAUCCACGAUAUGUUAUCGCUAGUGAUGUUAACAAAGAUAAUUAUUUAGAUAUAGUUACUGUUAAUUCAAAGGAUAAUAGUGUUAGUGCAUUUGAAGGACAUAAUAAUGGAACUUUUGAUAUUCCAAAAGUGUAUUUAACUGGGGAAGAUUCAUAUCCUUUGGCACUAGUUAUCGGUGAUUUCAAUAAUGACAAUCGAAUAGAUUGUAUCAUUGCUAAUGCAGGUACAGAUAGUAUAAGUGUACUUCUUGGAUUUGAUUAUACAUCAUUUCAAAGUGGUCAGACUUAUUCCAGUAAGAAUAAUCGAAGACCACAUAAUAUCAUCACUAGUGACUUCAAUAAUGAUAAAUAUCUUGAUAUUGCCGUUACUUUUUCUAUAAGUGAUAGGAUAGGUAUUCUUCUCGGAUAUAGUAACGGAAGUUUUGGUGUUAUGAUGACUUAUUGGACAGGAAAUGGUUCACUACCUGAAUCAUUGGCUGCUGAUGAUUUUAACAAUGAUGGACGAUUGGAUAUUGUUGUCGUUAAUUCAGGUACUAAUGACAUAGGAAUCCUUGCUGGAUAUGGCAAUGGAAGUUUCUCUACUAUGAUAAGAUAUUCAACUGGAAAUGAUUCUGGUCCGCUUGCAAUCGUCUUAACCGAUAUAAACAAUGAUGGUUGGACAGAUAUUGUCGUGGCCAACUAUGCUAGUAACAAUAUAGGUAUUCUACUUGGAUUUGGUAAUUUGACUUUCGAUAACAUAAUUACUUAUCCAAUCGAAAGUGAUUGGCAUCCAUUAUUUGUUGCUGCUGGUGAUUUUGACAAUGAUGGCCAAAUAGAUAUUGUCGUUGCUAAUUAUCAUGUUAGUAGUAUCAGUCUUUUGUUAGGUUAUGAAAAUGGAAGCUUUACAACUCAAGUGAGUUAUUCAACGGGUUAUCAAUCUUGGCCGUCUUCUAUAACUGUUGGAGAUUUCAAUAGAGACAAUCGACUUGAUAUUGCUACUAGUAAUUAUAAUAUAAAUAAUGUUGGCAUUUUUCUCGGAUAUGGAAACGGUAGUUUCGCUCCUGUCAGGACAUGUUCUACUGGAGAUGGUUCUGCUCCACAAUUUAUUGAAGCUCGUGAUAUUAAUAAUGAUGGCAUAUUAGAUAUCGCUGUCGCUAAUUAUGGAACUAGCAAUAUUGUUGUACUUUUUGGACUUGGAGAUGGAGAUUUUCUACUGGGAAACACAUAUCGCACUGGUGUAGGAUCCGCACCGUAUGCGCUAACUAUUGGCGAUUUUAACCAUGAUUCCCAAUUAGAUAUUGCCGUCGUAAAUGAAAGAUCGAACGAUAUAAGCAUUUUUCUUGGAUAUGGCAGAAAACUUUUUGCCGGCGGAACAUCAUAUAAUUUGGGUUUUGGAUCCCAGCCACACACAGUCGCUAUUGGUGAUCUAAAUAACGAUGGUCUAUCGGAUAUUGUCGUAGCUAACUAUGGUACUGACAAUGUAGGUAUUUUACUUGGACUUGGUGAUGGAGUUUUUGAUACUGUAACAAUAUAUUCAACUGGAGUUGGUUCUGCUCCAUACUCUGUUUCUGUAGCUGAUUUUAACAACGACAAUCAAUUGGAUAUUGUUGUUACUAAUUCUGAAACUGAUAACAUUGCUAUUCUGUUUGGUUAUGGUAAUGGUUCGUUUGUAAUUGGAGAAACAUACUCAACUGGUGCUCUUUCUCGACCAUGCGCUGUUGCCGUAAGUGAUCUCAAUAAUGAUAAUAUAUUGGACAUUGUCAUUGCGAAUUCUGGCACUAACAAUAUAUUACUACUUUAUGGUUAUGGAAAUGGACUUUUUGGAAACGAAACUUCUUAUGCUUUAGGCUACGGAUAUCGUCCAUCCUCGGUUGCAGUCAAAGAUUUGAACCAGGAUAGUUGGAUGGACAUUGUCAUUGCAUGUUAUGGUACCAAUCAUGUAGAAACUUUAAUAAAAAUGUGUUAG